AGGUCUUUAGGGAGUGAAAUGAGUCAAGGUCUUUAUAGCAGCCUAUGAACGUUUCACCAUAACUUUGGGAAUAUAUAACCCAUUAUAUCGCCUCGAAGCACCCCUUCAGUGCACUUGCAUCAUGUUUAACAAAAUUAGAUUAUUAACUGACCAUAGAAUUAACUGGAAUGUUACAAUAAGGGAUUAAAACCAAGGCCGGGGUUAAAACUGCAGAAGAAUUCAAAAGGAGCAUACAAACACAGAAACAAGUAAGCAAAACGCAUGCAAAACAAAAAGUGAUAUGGAUAGGCAAAUUUGGAGUACAUAUUGAAACGGAUUGAACUUGAAACUGACAUCGCCCGGUGACUACUUUUAGAUAAUUUGUUAAAAAGUGCUAUUUAUAAUGCUCGGAAAUUAUUCUUCUUCGAUAUGUCGUCGAGAUUUUACCAAUGAAAGACUGCUGCCUCAGCCAACUUGAAACUUAAAAUGUUAAGUUCUAUUUCCACAACUCAGAACUAACCAUACCACGUAUUGAACCGUUUUCAGAAUUCCCAUGAAUUACUUAAUCUUGAAUCUGGCAGUAGCAGACAUCAUGGUAGCGUUGUUCAUAGUCCCACGGUUCAUCUUUGUCCACAUUUUCAACCAUCCAGACGGAAUGACGGGCACAGUUCUGUGUAAACUGUUGACUGGCGGUAAUCUCAUUUGGAUUGGAUCAGUCGCCACUGCCUUUACACUGGUUGUUGUCGCUAUUGAACGAUAUCAUGCGGUCAUAAACUCGCACUCAAACCAAGGGCAGUUAACGGCUACAAAGGUUGAGGUGAGCGGCAAAGGAGACUGCAGAUGUCCCUUCAAGAACGCACAUAUAGACCGGGAGAAUAUACUCCCAGAAAAAUUGGUUGGUGGUGCGCAGCCCGCUUCCCAAAACCCUUACCCUAUUCAUGACCAAAACGGCUACUUCAUGUCAUUACAGAUAAUCGUUCCUGUGAUUUGGCUCGUCGCGAUUUUGUUCAAUCUGCCUCUUCUGUUGACCAUCUAUUACAGCAAACAGAGUGACUUCUGCAUGCAGUACUGGCCUCAGAAAUGGAUGGUUAAAGCCAACACCAUCGUAUGGUUUUUGGUGACUGGAGUAAUCCCAAUCGUCCUGAUGACCGUCCUGUAUUCAAGAGUCGUCAAUGCUCUUUGGUUUCAGAACGAGGAUAGUAGUGACAAUGUUCGACAGGCAGUGCUAAAAAUCCGACGGAGGGUCACCAAGAUGGUUGUAACUGUGAGCGUUACCUUUGUAUUGUGCCGUCUUCCUGCUUUGACAAUGUACAUGGUGAGUUACUUCAGUCCUUCACAAGUCUACAGUGACGUACUACACAUACUGUCAGUUGCCCUGGUCACCCUUAACUCCGCCAUUAACCCCUUCAUAUAUGCCCUCGUGAACCAGCGCUUUAGACAGCACAUCAAGGAGCUGAUAUGCUGUGUUGGUGCAUGCAGAAACAACGUAACCGACGUUAGUCCAGGCAUCACUGGAGUUCAGGAUGGAAACCGAAACACUACACCUGUACAGAUAAUGGAGCUGCAGCAAGUGUCGCAAGCGGAUUUACCCCCCUGAUGUAGCUCAUCUGAGUCUUACGUUUGCUAUCACAAGCGACCGUAUCCGUGUCAGUGAGAGCCCUUUCGUCUUGUUCAAGUUGAUUCAAAAAGGCAGUGUGAUAGUCAUCAAGACCAUUUCAGUCCGUUUUACGAGGUGUAGCUACAUACACUCUCAAUCGCUAGUAAGAACAAUCGUAAAGAAUAUCGCAAAGCGAUAACCCACCUUCAUCGUGCAUGGUCAGUGUGCGACCGAUGGCCGAUCCUUUGAUUGAUCCACAAUCUUCCCCUGUUUUUUGAGUUGAAACAUAUUCUCUUCCCCUUUAAUAGCGAGUAUUUGUAUCAAGAUUAUAAUGUGGAAAAUGGAGGUUAGUGCCUUGGGCUUGCAAGAUGAUGUAGCAGCGCACAAUACAUCCAGGG